ACAUCUGAUGGUCGGGUUGUCAUCUCUCUAUUCUACCUCCACUCACGUCAGAGUAAACAUGGCGCCUGACAGGGAGACAAUGUGAGCUCAGUAGAACACCGGCGCGCUGACUGAUGGUCGAGAUUUGGCGGGAUAUAGUACUCACCGUGUGUACCAUUUGAAAUCGAUAGCCAGUUUUGUCGUGAUAUGCUUAUAAUGGCGAACCAGCGGAUGUUUCCACACUACCGGUCCUGCUGUUUAAACGUUCGAUACAAAUUUAACUACUGAAUUGUGAUCCCGGCCGUUAGUCAGAAAGUCUCUGUGUUCGGAGUCUCACACAGCUCCCCUCGUGCUGGCGGACUAUCGGCCCCCUUAACUGUCCCCUGACUGUCAUUGAUUAGCAAACAUGUCACAGAGACGUCAGGUUCCCAUCAACCGGACACGAAUCUCAUUUACCAUUCUUAGGAUUUUUUAAUUCUUCUUCUCUCCCAAUGUUUACUGAUGCUUUGUGACAAUUUAGCGCCAUCUCUAAGGAUUAUCUUGCCCGCGCGCCCCGUCUUGCGCUGGCCUGUGAUGGGAUUACGACUGGUGAACCCAGCCCUUGGACUGUGAUCAACCAACAUGGAAGUCCUUUCACUUAUUAAAAGUUCCCUGGGUUCCGAGGACUCUAACCCGAUCCACCGACUGUACCGCGUGGGUCAGCAGGUGGGGGUGUGUGGACAGGAGAACGUGUGGCGGAUCCACGAGGCGGAGAGUAUCGAGGAGGAAAAGGGUGCUUCUGUUUUCAUUUUUAACAAAAAAGUCGCCAACAAACUUCACAAACCUCGGCGACGAGAGCAGGUGUCCGAGAUCUUACGUCAUGACGUCACACUUCUCAACAAAAUGUCAAACGCCUCCGUCCUUACUGUGUCCAGCAGUCUACAGGAAGACAGAGAGAGCUUGGCUUUUGCCGCGGAGCCCGUGGCUGGCAGUUUAGCAAACUAUCUGGAGAAGUUUGACAGAUCAUGUACAGAACUUUCCAAUACAACGUGUGGUUUGAUGGAACACGAAGUCCAGUGUGGCAUUUACCAGAUCACCGAGGCCUUGAUGUACGUCCACGGCGUCGAACGCGUCAUCCACAGGAACGUUAACCCCGCCUCCAUCCUCAUCACCCAAUCAGGACGCUGGAAACUAGCCUGCUUUGGAUUUGCCGAAAAAACUCAAGAUGGAAGGGAAUCUUUCGCGUGUAAAGCAUGGAGUCCCAAGGCGUCAAAGAUGGCGCAACCAGAUUUGAAUUACAUUGCGCCGGAAAUUCAAACGACUGAAGUGUGCACAUACGUGAGCGAUAUGUUCUCGUUCGGGAUGCUGAUUUGUACGAUCUACAAUAAUGGCUACUCCCUGAUCGACGCUCAGUAUAACCCUAGUACCUACCUUAGACAGUUAGACACGUUGACACAGAAGUUCGGAGACAUUGCCCGCGCCAUGCCCCCGGCUCUUGUGGACCCCGUGGAAAAGAUGAUCAACCGGGACAUCCGGUACCGCCCUACCGCGCAGCUCUUCUCUCUGUUGAAGAUGUUUCACGACCCCACCGUCACCACCCUACAACAGCUGGACAACCUCCACUUGAAGAGUCCCUCCGAUAAAUCUCAAGUUUUUUCCAUCAUAACGCAGAACAUUCCACUACUUCCGAAGGCUAUUCGUUGUUCCCGUCUAUUACCUAGCCUGCACCAGGAGUGUACGUCACGUGACUCUGUUGCCACCGCGUUACCUCCCCUUGUGUCGCUGGUUCAGCACUCUUCCUCGGAGGAGUUUUCACAACAUGUCUUUCCAGAAAUAACGUUCGUGUUCAAUUGCUCAAUGUCUGAACAGGGCACUGUGUAUCUUCUGAAUAAAAUCGAUGUUAUAGCAUCCAAAUGCACCUCCAACCAAGUCCGCACUGAUGUUAUUCCGUUUAUCCUCAAGCAUAUUAAAUCGGAGUCCUAUAAAAUUCAGGAAGCCGCCCUGAACGCCUUACUUGUAGUCAAGGAUUGUUUAGACGACGCUGUUCUAAGAAGCAACGUUCUCCCUUGUACCAAGGGACAAUUCCAACAGACGGUCGAUGUCAAGAUAAAGCUUAUAAUACUGUCCUGUAUAAAACAUUUGCUGAGCAUCAUGAACCCAUUCACCAUUAGAGACGACGUCCUUCCAUUUCUUGUCGACAUUGCAAAUUCCCAUGAUGCAUCAGUUGUAAUGGCGGUUGUUGGUAUAUAUAGACACUUAUUGAAUAAAAGGGACGCCGUGUUAACCAAAGUCUUUCUGGCGCGUAGUGGAAUGCCGUCUCUUCUACCCCAUGUUGUGGAUCCAGACCUCAGCGCCGAUCAGUUCUGUGUGAUGAUGGACGUGCUCUAUGAGAUGCUGGGACUGAUUGACCAGCACAGGAGAAGUAACGGAACCUCAAGCUCCGCCUCUUCCUCCUCCAAAAGAGAGCGGCUUGCCUCUGGAGGGAGUGAUAAGAACUUGCUGUUUGUUGCUAAUUCUUCAUCAACGGGGAUACAGAAAAGCAGAACAGUUCUCCCUUUCCCAGAAUGCUCCAUUUCGUCACUGACUAGAGGGAGGCUUUCCCGUAAUUCCAGUCAAGAAGCACCGAAUAGCCCAGAGCUUUCAAAGAUAAAGGAAAGAGAAACUCUAUCAGUGACCAAUAAGGAACCUUUGCGCCGAUUCAGCCUGGUACCCCCCGGGGGAGGCACCCCGGCCAUCAACCUGACCCCAGACGACGGCGUGUAUGCGGACAGAAAUCGACGUCCAAGUCUACAGAAUAUGGGUCAUUAUAACCACGACUCGGAGCGCUGUGAACGUAAGAGUAGCACUGGGAGUCUGUUUAACUUCUCCGACUCCCGACAUUCCUCUCCCCGCCGGGGCAGUUUCCAGGCCCUGGGGGACACUGUGAUGCAGCUCUUCUCUGGGAAGUAGUGCGUUAUCCGGAGUGCGAUCUUUGUGAUGGAGCCGACAUACAGAGUAUUAUAGAUACUGUAAUUGUUUCUUGUUUGUGUGCUUCAAAGAAGACGCCGAAUAUUUGCCAUACUGUGAAUAAUGAUGCUUUAUUCAGUUUUUUUCUGCGUGUAUUUUAUAUAUUGUUUUAAAAAUUCAUCUUGUUUUGUACAGUAAAAUAUUUAUGA